UCAAUAUCGUCCAUCCCUAAUAGCCGCAGACAAGCAAACAAAAAUUUCACCUCCUUUUAGUUAAUUUUAAAUACUCUUAGUUCUCAAAAAGGCACUUUGGAAGUUGAUUUAUAAUAAAAAUGGAGGACUUGUGUCGAGUUUGUGGCACCCACUCGAAUAAUUUGAUGGGCAUUUUCGACCAGCACCAGCAAAUGGAUUUUGAAGGAGACGAGAAGCCUGAUCUGGCCGAAAUGGUAAAGUCUUGUGCCGACGUGCAAUUGGAUCCUGGGGAUUCACUGCCCCAAAAAAUUUGCAUUGCCUGUGUCCACGAUGCGCGAACUGCCUACGGAUUUAAGCGGAGAUGCGAGGAGAGCUACCAGAAAUUCUAUUGGGCGAUAAGUAACCCCCAGAUCAUCAAAGAGGAACCAGAAGGAGACUAUCUAGUCAUCGAGGAACUUUAUGACGAGAAUCUGGACCUUAAGGGGGAGUUUAUUGAAGAAAGCCAGCCAGAGACCGUUCUCCAAGAAGAAUCGCCUAAAAUAGCAGUUGAAAAGAAUAGGCGAAAGCCAAAAGGAACUAUAAGAGCUAGAAGGAAGCAAAAUAUUAAAACUAAGCAGUCCUUUAAGUGUGAAAUCUGCAUCAAAGAGUUUAAGCAUCAACGAAAACUACAGGAGCACAUGAAAGUUCACAGCAACUCCCAUUUUUGCAAAAACUGCGGAGAGAUGUUUUUAUUCAAAUCGGACCUGGAUAAGCACUUGUGCUACCACAACAGUUAUGCCACCGUUGAGUGCCCCGUUUGCUUGAAGGUAUUUUCCACUACCCAAAGCUUGGACAGCCACGAAUGCCAGGAGAUGAAGUUUCGGACUGUCCAGUGCCCUUACUGCCCGCAGACUUUUCCGGACGAUCAGAAUCUCAAGGUCCACUUGUUAAUCCACACCGCUGAGGAGUGCAGACCGGGACCUCAUAAGUGCACAUACUGCGGGGUGGGAUUCACCAAUAAGUCGGCUCUUCAGGUGCACAUUAACGCGCAUAUCGGCGAACGACCUCACUGUUGUCCCUUUUGCGAGUCAAACUUCCGCUCAAAGCACGGUCUCAUAAUUCACAUCCGCACGCAUACGGGCGAGAAGCCUUAUAAAUGUGCAACUUGUUCCAAACGUUUUUCGGACAACAAUAACUUGGCCAAGCACCGGCGACGUCACACAGGCGAACGCCCUUAUAAGUGCACUAUCUGCAUGCGGGAAUUCCGGGAGAAACAUCACGUGAAGCGCCACCUUCUUGCCAAGCAUCGUGAUAGCGAACAAUAACUGCCGAUGGAUACGCUUAGGACUACGGUUUAUUCGAAUAGGCAUAAAUCAUACAUUUAUAUCAUGUUUUAAGUAAAUUUUAAGUGGUUCACUUGCAUCCAAUACGUAAAUCGAUAUGUUUAAAU